AUGACACCUUCACGUCCAGCUGCCUUGGCCAUGUUCUCGCGACCUUUCCUACGCCUGGCCGGGUGCCUACGAUCCUUGCCUAUUCUACAAGCUACUUCGAGGGCACAAACUCGCCUUACAACAACACCAAGAUACCCAAGUGCUUAUAUUACUAUCCUCUUCGCUGGAGCUGCCUCCUUCUACGCAGCUUACUCCUUCGCCAAAGCUCCUCCCACGCGAUGCGAUGCUCCAUCCGACGCCCGCGACCCUUCUCUCCCUCGGUAUCGCAUCUCUGAAGUCCGCAAGCACGAUGCUCACUCAGACAACCCUUGGGUCAUCCAUGAUGACAAGGUCUACGACAUUACCGAGUGGAUUGGCGCCCAUCCUGGAGGAAACGUCAUCCUCCGUGCUGCAGGCGGUUCUAUAAACCCCUACUGGGACAUUUUUGCCAUCCACAAGAACCAAUAUGUUUAUGAUAUAUUGAAUCAGUACCUCAUUGGUUACGUCGACUCCGCGGACUUGGUCAAUGGGAAGCCAGCACAAGAAGAGAUUGAAGAUCCGUUCGCUGAUGACCCGAGUCGACAUCCAGACUUGAUCACUAUGACGGAUAAGCCCAGAAACGCAGAAACACCACCAGAUGCCAUGACGACAGAAUUUCUGACCCCUAAUGACCUCUUCUAUGUUCGCAACCACAUGUGGGUGCCGACAGUCCCCGAGAAUGCCGAUACACACACCCUCACUGUUGAACUUCCUGAUGGCACAACAAAAGAAUACACUCUAGGCGACCUCAAAUCCCGCUUCCAACCUCGAAGGGUCACUGCUGUGCUUCAAUGCUCUGGCAAUCGCCGCCGCCACAUGAAUGAAGGUUCCGGACACAAGACGAGUGGCCUCCCCUGGACGGCCGGUGCCAUAUCCAAUGCCUGCUGGGAAGGGGUCUUGCUCUCAGACGUACUCGCAGAUGCUGGCUUUGACUUGUCAUCUGGUCUAACCGGCGAGUCCGAGGCCAAACACGUUCAAUUCUCCGGGUUAGAAGCAUACGGCGCGUCAAUUCCCAUCAAGAAAGCCAUUGACCCUCAAGGCGACGUUAUUCUCGCCUACGGCAUGAACGGCCAGCCACUCCCGCGUGACCACGGGUUUCCCCUGAGAGCUAUCGUGCCCGGCCAUGUAGCUGCACGCUCAGUCAAGUGGUUAAACCACAUCACUCUCAGUGACGAGGAGAGCACGACGCAAUGGCAGCGACGAGACUAUAAAUGCUUCGGACCCAAUCAGACACAUGUGGACUGGGAUACUGCCCCUGCGAUCCAAGAGUUACCAGUCCAAAGCGCCAUCACAACCUGCAAACUCGGCGAUUGGACAAGACCCGAUAAGGAUAGCUCAGAGGCACAAACAAAGAAAGCCGCGCUCACAGGCUACGCAUACUCAGGGGGCGGUCGCUCCAUCAUCCGCGUUGAUGUCUCCCUCGACAAUGGCAAGACUUGGUCUCAAGCGUCUAUCCUCCCCGACUGCACAACAAAGGACGGCGCCCCAUCUCCCUGUCUCGGCCACGGCUCCUGGGCCUGGCGCCGCUGGAAGUUUGAUGGCCAUGUGCCGCUUACCGCAUUUGAGGGAGAUGAAGCGUCAAAGAGGGAGAAGCGAUGUGCGACGUUUGUUGUCAAGGCCACGGAUGAGUCCUAUAACACGCAGCCAGAGAGCCAUGCCGCCACAUGGAAUAUCCGUGGGAAUCUGGCUACAGCGUGGCAUCGCAUCAAGUCAACCCCCAAAGAAGGGAUAAAGUUGUAUUGGAAAUCAUAG